AUGCUUGCCACGUCAUCAACUGAGUUCAACUCUUCCCUGAUAUCGGCCAUUCUGUCGUUGACGGGAGCCGAGGGUAGGAACGUCUUGUCGCAGCGACUUGACGAUACGAGUCAACCUGGUCUUCGUCGACACUUUAACUAUGAUAUCGGCGAACAUUACCAAAACUACUGGGCGCAAAGGCAGCAAAGGGAACAGCAGCCUGGUCUGGAUGAGGCAUUUUCAGGCGAAGACGCCAGAAGGUCUUUCAACGAUUCUUUCAAUCAAGCCAGAAACUCUUCAUCUCAGGCCUUUUUGCUUGAUGUAACCACGGGGACAGUAGCAGAAUUUGAAGGUACUAGGGCGUCUGCUGAGGUGAGAAUGGAGACUUCGACUGGAGUCGGCGCAAAGUUAAAGUUCAGCAUCCAAGAGAUUCUUGGCCAGAACAAAGCGUCUGAGCUGCCUCUUCUCCGCAUGGAAGAAGUGACGCCCAGCAGUGAGGUAUCUGAUGGUUGCGGGUACCUACUCAACGGAAGCACAACCGGCCAAGCAACUGGAGGGCACUCGAUGGCCGACUCCUCCUCGGCCAUCUCCUCGUGCUCUUCGUGUUAUCGACAGGAGGAGGAAGAAGAAGUAGAGGGCGACGACGAACACAUGGAAGAAGAAGAAAAAGAAGAAGAAGAAGAAGAAGAGGUGAAAAAGAAGGCGAAGAGGGCGGUGAUAAUGGGAAAAAAGCAGAUGAGGUUUAGCCUGGCAAAAAGACAUCAAGACCCCGGGACCACAACGCUUGCGAGUUCGCUGGUCACACUGCAGCCAAGAGAGGGGGAAGUGCUUCCAAGCGGACCCUUCCAAAUCGGCAAAAGGGCGCUAAGUACCUGCCGGCUUGAACGGCGAUCUAUGAAACUGGCAAGUUGGGAAAAUCGCUCACGGGUUCGCCAGGCAGUUGGUCGACGUGCUGAGUUGAAGAGGUACGAGGAGGAUGGACAAAGUGAAUCGCCAUUCCAACAGAAGAGUGAGGGCUCUGAACAUUCAUCAGUCGGUGGCCAACUCACCAGCUCGUCUGGGACAGGAGCAUGCAUUUAUGCAGCCAACAUACCAGCAAAAGCUGCAGCUCAGAUGACAAUGACGACAUGCCUGGCUUCUACCGAAACGAUCCCACGGAGAGGGAGCAGAAGGGUGGAAGAAAUAGAGUUUACAGUGCCAUCGGCCGGACAAGAAGCACAUCAAGAAGAGAUAUGCACCUCGUUGGAACUUAAAGUGCCGCCUAGUCAGGCCUUGGUGAGACAAACGGAAUCCGGUAUUGAUGAGUACUCAAGUCUAUUCUGGAAGUUUCUUGGGAGUAUCGACGUCGUAAGUUUAACUGUUCAUCGAUAUAUACAAAAUUGA